AUGUCAGAAACGAAGAAGACUGACAAUAAACCUCCGAAAGGGAAUGCCGAGAAAAAGACCGAGGAGGAGACAGCCGAGCUCUCGGAAGCGGAUAAGCAACUUCAAGAAGAGUUGAAUAUGCUUGUUGAAAGAUUGCAAGAGGACAAUGAAAAAUUAUACCUUCCUGCUUUAGAAAGUUUACGCAAUCAAAUUCGAGCCUCAACCACAUCAAUGACAAGUGUGCCCAAGCCUCUGAAAUUCAUGAGACCCCAUUAUGACACAAUGAAAACUAUUUUUAAGAAGAUAGUAGACCCCAAAACUAAGGAAUUUUGUGCAGAUGUAAUUUCAGUACUUGCUAUGACAAUGAGUGAUAGCCGUGAUUGUUUAAAGUAUCGUCUUAUUGGAUCACAGUGUGAAAUUGGAGACUGGGGUCAUGAAUAUGUCAGACAUCUUGCUGCUGAAAUUGCAGCAGAAUGGGCAGACGUAAGUACUGACAACAAGCAGUUGCGUGAACAAUUAGUUAAAUUAGCUUGUCAGAUUGUACCAUAUCAUAUGGCACAUAAUGCUGAAGCAGAAGCAUGUGAUUUACUGAUGGAAAUUGAACGUCUGGAUCUUCUGGAGCAGUAUGUUGAUGAAAGUGCAUACCCCAGAGUUUGUUUGUACCUUACAAGUUGUGUUCCUUAUGUUCCGGAUCCAGAAAACACCACUUUAUUGCAAGUUGCUUUACGUCUCUUCAAGAAAUUUGACCAGUAUCCUCAAGCUUUACGUCUUGCUAUGCAGCUUAAUGAUCGAGAACUCAUUAAGGAAAUAUUUACAUCUUGCAAAGACCUAUCAAUCCAAAAGCAACUUGCUUUUAUGUUAGGCCGCCAACAAAUAUUUUUUGAGUUAAAUGAAAAUAUUCCUGAAAAUGAUGAUUUGGUUGAAAUUAUGUCAAAUUCCCAUUUAAACAAUCAUUUUCUAAAUUUGGCACGUGAGCUUGACAUCAUGGAGCCAAAAACUCCAGAAGAUGUGUAUAAGUCUCAUUUGGAAAAUUCUCGACCACCGUUUGGUGGAGGCCAAGUAGAUUCUGCUCGACAGAAUUUAGCUGCGAGCUUUGUCAAUGGUUUUGUUAAUGCUGCAUUUGGACAAGAUAAACUUCUGAUGGAAGAUGGCAAUAAGUGGCUGUACAAGAAUAAAGAGCAUGGAAUGCUAAGUGCUACUGCAUCACUUGGAUUGGUUUUACUUUGGGAUGUUGAUGGAGGUUUAAUUCCCAUUGAUAAGUAUCUGUACUCUUCAGAAGAUUACAUAAAAUCUGGAGCUCUACUUGCUUGUGGAAUUGUAAACUGUGGUGUGCGAAAUGAGUGUGAUCCAGCUCUUGCAUUGUUAUCAGACUAUGUUCUACACAACAGCAAUGUAAUGAGGAUUGGUGCUAUUCUUGGUCUCGGAUUGGCGUAUGCUGGUUCAAAUCGUGAAGCAGUUUUAAGUCUGUUAACACCAGUAUUGAGUGACAGCAAAUCUAGCAUGGAAGUCAUUGGAAUGGCUGGUUUGGCAUGUGGAAUGAUAGCUGUCGGGUCCUGUAACCCUGAUGUCACAAAUACCAUCUUACAAACACUCAUGGAAAAGUCAGAGUCAGAUUUGCAUGAAACAUAUGCACGGUUCCUUCCAUUAGGACUUGGACUUUGUUACUUAGGUCAUCAAGAAGCUGUAGAGGCAAUAGUAGCUGCCUUGGAAGUUAUUCCUGAACCAUUCAGAUCCAUGUCAAUGACUAUGGUAGAAGUAUGUGCAUAUGCUGGUACAGGAAAUGUGUUAAAAAUUCAGCAUUUAUUGCACAUUUGCAGUGAACACUACGAUGCUCCUGAAAAGGAUAGCAAGAAGGAUGACAAGAAAGACCAGAAAGAAGAUAAGAAGGAUGAAAAAGAUUUGUCAUCACGACAGGCUAUUGCUGUGCUGGGUAUUGCUUUAAUAGCUAUGGGAGAAGAAAUUGGUUCAGAAAUGGCCUUCAGGACAUUUGGACAUUUAUUGCGUUACUGUGAGCCAGUGAUUCGAAGAUCUGUUCCACUGGCAUUGGGUCUCAUAUCCGUCUCUAAUCCUAAACUCAAUAUUUUGGAAACAUUAAGUAAGUUCUCUCAUGACAGUGAUUCAGAAGUUGCUCACAAUGCAAUUUUUGCAAUGGGUUUGGUGGGUGCUGGAACAAACAAUGCAAGAUUAAGUGCUAUGUUACGCCAACUUGCUCAGUUUCAUGCAAAGGAUCCAAACAAUCUUUUCAUGGUCCGGAUUGCCCAGGGUUUGACACAUUUGGGAAAAGGUACCUUUACACUUUGCCCAUACCACAGUGACAGGCAGUUAUUAAGUCCUGUUGCUGUAGCUGGUUUACUUGCGACUCUUGUGGGAUUCCUUGAUGUCAAGAAUAUUAUUUUGGGACGUUCACACUAUUUAUUAUUCACUCUGGCUGCAGCAAUGCAACCACGUAUGUUGGUAACUUUUGAUGAAGAAUUGAAUCCUCUUGCUGUACCUGUGCGAGUAGGUAUGGCUGUUGAUAUUGUUGGUCAGGCAGGCAAGCCAAAAACUAUCACUGGUUUCCAGACCCACACAACACCUGUACUUCUAGCUUUUGGUGAAAGGGCAGAACUUGCAACAGAGGAAUAUACACCUCUCACACCCAUAAUGGAGGGUUUUGUAAUAUUGCGAAAGAAUCCAGAAAUGGUUUCAGCUUCAUAA